AUGGGUCCAAUUUCCAUAGAUGAACUUCAUCUAUUUCACAGAAGUCACCGUGAGGUCUUCUGUUUUAUGAUCUUCAGACUGCGACGUGACUUGACACAAUCCCUUCUGGUCAUGGCAUUGUGGAUUUGGCUUGAACACAAUGGAUACCCCAAUAUCAGUCACAAAGUUAUGGCUUUAUCUCAUGGUUCUGCUAUCAAUGAUCUUGUCGAUGAAACUAUAAUCUUAAGAAGCAAGAACACCAACAGAGGUCGCACAUCACGAGGUAACAUAUCAGACACUCCUGUCACCAUCCCAGGUUUUCCACACCCUUUGUUUGGUUCCUUCAACAUUAAUACACCAGACAGUUCUACGAACAUGGAUUUGUUUGAUCUGAGAAUUUGGAUGAAGGGACCUUGUGAUGAUGUCACCACGGAUGAUAAAUCCAUGUUUCUAACAUUUUCUAGAGGCUUCCCUGUGUCAGAAGCUGAGGUGAUAAAACUGUUUAAACGUUCAUUUGGAGAUUGUGUGGAGAACUUAUCUAUGGGAAAUACUAGUGCGCAAGAUCAAUCUUUGUUUGCAAUAAUGGUUUUGAAGAGCGUGAAAACAGUUGAUCAAAUUUUGAAAGGGAAACAUGUUGCGAAGCUUCAUAUAAACAGAAAACAUAUUUGGGUUCGCAAGUACGAGCGUCGUGAUUAG